AGUUGAUCAUUUUCCCCUGGAACGGAUAGUACGCUGUAUUAGUCCAAGACUCAAACGGAACUUGCAAUCGCUCGGGAAGUAUCAACGGUUUUCGGCGGUUUUUUUUUUAUAAAGAAAAACGAACGGUACCAUUUAGAGAACUAAGGUCCGCUGUUGUGUGCUUCCGGGUAGUGCACUGAUCGGUGUGACAGUGUUGGAAAAAAAGUGUUACACCAAGAGAUCAAGUGAAGUCUGCUGUGAAGAGAAAUCAUAAGCCAAGGUGAGCCUGAGGCGAUCACGUAAAGCGAAGAACUUGAAAGCAACCAGACAUGAUCUUAUUGUGCAUAAGAGCCAUUAGAUACAAACUCAAACCAGUUAUAGACAGUUCUUGACAAUAAAAGAUCUUUUCCGAAGUACGCAGCAGAAGAACCAUCGUUUGGAGAUCGCCAACCACCAUCCUGGGCAGAUCCUAAAAAAAAAACAACAAAAUCAACCGGAAGCCAAGCACUCAGCCAGGCAUCCAUCUUCUAUUAUCUAUUUCGGACCUCGUUUUAUUUUCAUCUUCCUUGGAUCGUCAAAUCAUUCCGACGUUCUUUCUUGAACUUUCUACUUCUAAUGACGUCAUAGUGCCCCCCCUGUGCUGGAGGCUAUCAACCCAUUGCGCAGAACGCAACACUUAUCAAGUCUUAGAGCGCCGAAGCAACAAAUUAGCACCACCAACUGGUAAAGAUGGCACUCGAUUUCGCUGCAGGAUGUCUAGGAGGUUGCGCCGGUGUUCUGGCCGGUUACCCUUUCGAUACGGUUAAAGUCCACCUACAAACGCAGGACUACCGGAAUCCGCUGUACAAAGGAACGCUCGAUUGCUUCCGCAAGAUCAUCGCCAAAGAAAGCGUCCGCGGACUGUAUCGUGGAAUGUCCAGCCCAAUGGCGGGAGUGGCAGCAGUCAAUGCAAUCGUUUUUGGUGUUUACGGAAAUAUCCAACGAAGCACUGCCAACCCGGAUUCGUUGUAUUCUCAUUUUUUGGCAGGUAGUGCGGCGGGCUUGGCACAGAGCUUUAUUUGUUCUCCAAUGGAGCUGAUCAAGACAAGACUUCAGUUGCAAGAUAAUCUACCGAAAGAUGCUUUCAAGUUCAAAGGUCCAAUGGAUUGUACUAGACAUAUUUGGAAGACUCAAGGAUUCCGUGGCCUAUUCCGGGGGCUGGGAAUCACAGCAGCUCGUGAUAUGCCAGGUUUCUCGAGUUAUUUUGUUGCUUACGAGCUGAUGGUGCGUUCUGUAGCUAAUCCUUCGCCUUUUGUCAUCUUGAUGGCCGGUGGUCUUGCUGGAACCAUUUCUUGGUUGUUUACGUUCCCCAUAGAUGUAGUAAAGUCAAGACUGCAAGCGGACGGUAUGGCCGGAAAACCACUGUACAACGGGAUCGUAGAUUGCUUACGAAAGAGCCACGCGGAAGAGGGUCUUGCAUUUUUGUCCCGCGGACUGGCAUCAACGCUGCUGCGAGCUUUCCCCAUGAAUGCCGUUUGCUUCCUGGUGGUAUCGUACGUCAUGAAGAUGUUUGACGAACCAAGCUUAAAUGUGGACCUAAAACCGAUGGAACCUCUGCUGAUGAUACAACAACCGGCCGGAGCAGUGAAAGUGACCAUUAACAAACGCCAUCACGAACAGCACGACAACCACAUUCUGAACAUCAAGCAAAACACCUUCCGUUUCCUAAGCUUCCUCGGAGCAUUCAGCGAAGCUGUAUGCUGCGCGGAAAUGGAUGAACUGGCACAUGAUUUAUAUCUAAACGAGGACGGCGGAUAUUACUAUGCAAAACUGAACGAAUACCUGCAAAGUUCAAACCAAGAGUACUGUAAAAGAUUUCCCUUUAUAGAUUAGUAGUGACAUUACGUAUUAGAAAAAAAACCUCAAUGUUGUAUUGUUGAUCGAAAAUAAAGUUUUAUUAAAUUA